AUGGCGACCCAAACCUUCACCAAAACCCUCACCAAAACCCUCACAGCUCACUGUUUCUGCCGCGCUGUCCACUACAACCUCACCAUUCCCUCCACUUCUCUCCCGCUAUCCACGCUUGUCUGCCACUGCAGCAUCUGCCGCUACGUUCAUGGAGCACCAUGCGCCUUCCACGCGCCUCUGCCUGCGGGUAUAUCCCCACAAUGGGUCGCAUCCUCAGGCCCACACGCCCUGACCAGGUACAAACAUACCAGUGGCGCCCUCUGCGAGCGUGCUUUCUGUAGCACCUGUGGCUGUCAAAUUGGUGACAUCUGGCCUGCAAAACCUAUCAACAGCAAGGAGAAGGAGGGGGGGCGGGAGGCGGAGGCGGAGGCACAAAAUGCCUCUGACAAUCAACACUGGACUGUUUCCACUUCCAUCUUCACCGACCACAGCCCAGCCAAUUUCCAAAUAGACAAACAUAUCUUCACCGACUCCGCCCCGGGCGGGGUGGGACUACAUCAACUCCUCCCUCGUAUCGGCGGGCACGAUAUACAAGUAUACCCGGGCCACUUCCUCCCACCAAAUGCUAAACGCAUCCUACUCCCCGCCCCAGCACCGGCCAAGGUCGAAUUGGGCGGUGCAGAUGGUAAGGAGGAGCGGCUCCGCGCGGAAUGCCACUGCGGUGGGGUCUCCUUCACGUUCCCCCACCCAACACAAGCCAUCCUCGACGAUCCCGAACUGAAUGCAUUCGUCUCACCCACCGAUCCGCGCAAGUGGGUCGCGUGCCUGGAUCUCUGCGACGAUUGUCGCUUGCUGAACGGCACGCAUGUGGCUGCGUGGACGUUCCUGCCGCUGCGCCUGCUAGAACCGGCUAUUGGGACUGAGUUAAACAUCGGUACCACAAAGACGUUCAAGUCUUCCAAGGGGGCGAAGAGGGCGUUUUGUGGAACGUGCGGGGCGACAGCAUUUUAUUGGAAUGAGGAUAGACCGGAUAUAGUGGAUGUGGCUCUUGGGUUGGUGAGGGCGAUCGAGGGGUUAUUUGCAGAGAGCUGGGUAACAUGGAGGAGCGGGCGGGUGGCGUUCAAAGAGAGCGGGGAGUUGUUUGAUAGGGAUUUUGCGGAGGCCAUGGCGGAGGGAAUUGAAAGAUGGGGGUUGGAGAGGGAGGGAAAGGUAUUAAAUUUCAAAAUUGGGUGA